AUGGCAAACUCCCCGUAUAAGACACCCCCGAGCCACCGUCUCACCGUCUCCUCACUCCUCUCGCCCCCUGAGAUGAAGCGCUCAGAGUCGUUUAGCUCUUCAAUUGCGCCCGCAUACCCCCAAUCACCCUUCUCCUCGUUCAAUUCUGCGUCAUUGAAGCCUGCCAUGGAGACCGACAUCCGCGCCUACCAGGCAGCAGUGCACGCCAACCGCGACGCUUACGCCUCGCCACCAAUUUCGCCAUUCGAUACACAGUCGCAGAAAGAGAAUGUGGACAUGUUGGAGGAUCAGGGCUCGCGGGAUCCCCAGCUGUUCGUCUCGGGCGAUGCAGCGGUUCCAGUCGCUGAUGUCCCGCUGUUUCCUCCCCAGGAGUCAGCAGAGCCGGCCUCACAAGACAUCAUCGCCGAACACAUGAAGUCUUCCGACUAUGCCCAACUAGAGUGCAAACCUUCUCGCGAGGACUACGAAUUGGCAAUCUCUUUUCGCUCCACCGUCUUUGAUCUGGCUGUCAAGAAUCCCCGCAAAUGGUGGGAGCAGGAGCGACGGUUCGAUCAGUACUACGGAAGACCAAGCGGCGUCGAGAAGCGACCAGCACUGAAGAAGCUCGCUCCCGCGCCUUCGUCCCGGCCCCGUCAGCCCAAGGUUCCCCUUGCACGGCUGCCACCUCGCGCGCCUCGUGCACCCAAGGCCAAGCGGACUCCUCAGGCCCAAAUCUACGACUCUUUCGACUACACCCCAGCCUCGGCGUCCCCAAAGCCUGCGCGGCCAGCCACCAACCGCGACGACACCGACUACAAUGCCCUUCCCGACUACUCGCCGCCCCUCGACACUCUCCCCAAGGGCAACAGCAAAAUCCUCAAGGCUGAAUGGAAGGGCACGGUGCUCGAUCUUUCUAAUGAUCCCGAUCGCCACAUGCUGCACGAGGCUGAGCUCCAGCUUGCCGCUACGCUCCGCCUCAAUUGCGCAACCUACCUCUGCAGCAAACGACGUGUCUUCCAAGCCCGCAUUGACGCAUUGAAGAUCGGAAAGGAAUUCCGCAAGACAGAUGCUCAGCAGGCCUGCAAGAUCGACGUCAACAAAGCUAGUAAGUUGUGGCAGUCGUACGAUAGGGUCGGCUGGUUCAGCCCAGACUACUUCCGCAAGUAUCUCUGA